AGUUACCUAAAAUGCUUGUGAUAACGCCGAAAUUUGCGAUUAAAAUUGCUUUAUAUGUAAAAUAACGCCGAAAUUCCCGAUUAAAAUUACUUUAUAUAUAAAAUAACGCCUUUUUAAUUGAGUUGUUGUAAUUUUAUUCAACUUUCAGAACUCUGCUGUUUCAACUACUCGAACUUCUGACAAAUUUUUCAUUUGUGGAAUACAUUCUACAUAAUGGGAGUUAAAUCUGCUGUAGCUACAGUAGCAGUUGGAGCAGCUGCAGGAGUAGGAAUUGCAGUUGCAGCUCUACCUUUAGCAGGAUUUACAACAGCUGGUGUAGCUGCUGGAUCUGUAGCAGCUGCAGUUCAAAGUUCCAUAGGCUGCGUAACAGCAGGAAGUACUUUUGCUGCACUUCAGAGUGCUGGCGUUGUAGGUUUGGCAGCUACAACAAAAGUUGCUGCAGCAGGUACUGGUGGUGCCGUUGCAGAGGGUACCCGUAGAAUCAUCCGUUAUUUAAGGAAAUGAAAAUCAUAGAGGUCAUGUUUGAUGCAGAAUUUAUAUAAUUAUUUCAUGCUUUGAUAUGUAAAUUUGAGAAUUUUCUUUUAUAUUUUGUGCUUAAGUAUUAUAAGUUAAAUGCAAUAUGUUUGUUAACACUUAUUUGCUUUGAAUGUAUGUAAUAAUUUAUGAUCAUUUGGAAUUGCAACAUCCAAAACUGAUAAAAGUAUUUUAAAUAUAAUUCACUAUUAUGGAAUUAAAUAUUAAUGCUAGAAUAUGCAUUGUCUAAUUUCAGAAUAAAAGUAUAAAAAUAUAGCAUUUAUUUGCCUUUUAUGAGAAUCUAGUAGCCAUAUUAAAUACCUGCAUGCAUGGAAAAGAAGUAACUUAAAUUGAUGUAAUACAUAAGUAUUGAAAGGAUUACCUAUAAUUACUAUGUAUUUUAUAUUUUAUAUCUUCUUAUUGUAAAAAUUUGAUAUUGUGGAAAUUGUAAAAUAUAUUUUGAAUUAAAAGAUUUAUCAAGAUGAUAUAUUAAAAAAAAUAA